CAAAGACGUUCCUAGUCGGCGACUGGCGAUCAAACCAUCUCAAUAUCAGUGAUCUCCACCCUGGAUUUCAAAGCAGCUUCCACUGGUUUCGUCGGGUUCGAUCCGGUAUAAAUGCCACCCUGCGCAUCCUCAACUUCACUACCAUCUGUACACCCAUACCACUGCAUACACCCCAUCAUGACCGUCACCAACCUCGUCAACACCCCCGCCCCGGGCAUCUCCUACUUCACCCCGGCUCAAGAUCCCCCCGCGGGCACGGCCGCGAACCCGCAAACCAGCGGCAAGCCGGUCCCGAAACUCUUCCACCCUCUGACCAUCCGCGGCGUCACCUUUCAAAACCGUCUCGGCCUCGCCCCCCUCUGCCAAUACAGUGCCCAGGAUGGCCACAUGACCCCCUACCACAUCGCCCACCUGGGCGGCAUCGCCCAACGCGGCCCCGGCCUGAUGAUCAUCGAAGCCACCGCCGUGCAGCCGGAGGGCCGCAUCACCCCGCAGGACGUGGGUCUGUGGCAGGACUCACAGAUCGCUCCGAUGCGCCAGGUGGUCGAAUUCGCCCACUCCCAGAAUCAGAAGAUUGGCGUGCAACUCGCUCACGCCGGCCGCAAGGCUAGCACCGUUGCCCCGUGGAUCUCGGGUACCGCGAUGGCCACGGAGGAUCUGGACGGCUGGCCGGAUCGGGUUCUCGGCCCUAGCGAUAUUCCGUUCGCUGAUACGUUCCCGAAGCCGAAGGCUAUGACUGCGGCCGAUAUCGCUCAGUUCAAGGCCGAUUGGGCGGCUGCUGUGAAGCGGGCUCUUGCGGUGGGGGUGGAUUUUAUUGAGAUUCAUGGUGCUCAUGGAUAUUUGAUUUCGUCGUUCUUGUCGCCCGCCGCGAAUAACCGGACUGAUGAGUACGGUGGUUCGUUUGAGAACCGGAUUCGUUUGCCGCUUGAGAUCGCCCAGAUCACCCGUGACGUUGCGGGCCCUGACGUCCCCGUCUUCCUCCGGGUCUCGGCCUCCGACUGGCUCGAGGAGACUCUCCCCGAGCAGAGCUGGAACCUGGAGAGCACGAUCAAGUUCGCUCAGGAGCUCGCCAAGCAGGGCGCGAUUGACUUGAUCGAUAUCAGUACCGGUGGCGUGCACGCCGCGCAGAAGGUCAAGUCGGGACCUCUCUUCCAGGCCCCGUUCGCGGUGGCGGUGAAGCAGGCGGUUGGUGAUAAGUUGCUGGUCUCGGCGGUGGGUGCCAUCACGAAUGGUCGUCAGGCGAAUGAUCUCCUCGAGAAGGAGGGAUUGGAUGUGGCGUUGGUGGGGAGAGGAUUCCAGAAGGAUCCGGGGUUGACGUGGACGUUUGCGCAGCAUUUGGAUGUGGAGAUCUCCAUGGCGAGUCAGAUUCGCUGGGGAUUUACUCGACGGGGCGGGCGCGAGUUCAUUGAUCCGAGUGUUUAUAAGCCGUCGAUUUUUGAUGCGUAACUAGACUAGAUAGACUCAUAGAUAGCUGUUGAGCGGCUAAUGCUUAGAUCCCACUGACCGAUGGGUCGUUCUGACCCUGGUGUCAACAUUCCAUCCCUUAUACAUACGGAGUACAAUACACAU